AGUUGCUGUUGCAGUUCAUAAAUAAUGUAGAACACAUUUUCGUCUUGGAUAAUAUGGUUACUUAUAAGUAGUGUAAAUGAAAUUCAAAAUUUUCAAGAGUCUUCAACAUUACGAGUGUAAUUCAAGCUGAACUAAUUGAUUAGGUUUUAGAACUAGCAAGCAUCAGACGUUUGUUUAACCACACUACGAAACCGAUUACAAGUGCAAAAGCUCUAGGGAACGAACCUAGUAUAUUCGAUUCCUCCAGAAAUUUCAUGAACUAGAAUAUAGUUGCCAAAAUACUGUGAAACUAUUCGACCAAAUUUAGACGAAAGUUUUCAUACAAUUACCCAUAUAUUUGUAAUUUAGUUAAUUCGUGAUAUAUCGUCACUAUAAUCCAAUACCAUUAGUGACGACUGUCUUACUUAUAACAUGGUUGGUCACUAUCAGUUACAACUUCUUACUAGAAUCUCGAAAUGACAUCUGUAAUAGACACUGUUGUAAGAUCAAGGAUAACGCACUCGCUUUCCAGAGUAUCUACACUCCUACAUGUGAACUGUAACAAAGUAUCACUCGCUGUAUGUCCGAAGAGAGAAUGUCAGUUUUGAAAGUUUUGCAUAGAUUAGACUAAUUCCGAACAUUCAUCAAUAUAUUUAUUAGUGCUCUUAAACUACUCAUAAGUAGUGUAAAAUUUAUCGAAUAUUUUAAAGUGCGAAGAAAUUAUUCUCUGCAUAAGUCGAUAUAACGAGAUCACAUUAGGUAUAGUAAUUCCUUUACAAGCUCCAGACUGUCUUCAUGUUUCAGGCAAAAGUCAGGGUGUGAUGGUCGGUAUGGGUCAAAAAGACAGCUACGUCGGUGACGAAGCACAAUCGAAACGUGGUAUUCUCACACUGAAAUACCCAAUCGAACACGGUAUUGUGACGAACUGGGAUGACAUGGAGAAGAUCUGGCAUCACACAUUCUACAAUGAAUUGCGUGUGGCUCCAGAAGAACACCCGGUCCUGUUGACCGAGGCUCCAUUGAAUCCGAAAGCCAAUCGUGAGAAGAUGACCCAAAUCAUGUUUGAGACAUUCAACACACCAGCCAUGUACGUGGGCAUCCAAGCUGUACUGUCACUGUACGCAUCGGGUCGUACAACUGGUAUUGUGUUGGACUCUGGUGAUGGUGUGACACACACUGUUCCGAUCUACGAAGGUUAUGCCCUACCACAUGCUAUCCUGCGUCUGGAUCUGGCUGGUCGUGACUUGACUGACUACUUGAUGAAGAUUUUGACGGAACGUGGUUACAGCUUCACGACCACAGCUGAGCGAGAAAUCGUGCGUGACAUCAAGGAGAAACUGUGUUAUGUGGCUCUUGACUUUGAACAGGAAAUGGCCACUGCCGCGUCCAGCUCAUCUCUGGAGAAGAGUUACGAACUGCCUGAUGGUCAGGUGAUCACGAUCGGUAACGAACGAUUCCGUUGUCCUGAAGCGUUGUUCCAACCAAGUUUCUUGGGUAUGGAAUCUGCCGGUGUUCAUGAGACCACAUUCAACUCAAUAAUGAAAUGUGAUGUGGACAUCCGUAAAGAUCUGUACGCGAACACUGUGUUGUCAGGUGGUACGACAAUGUUCCCAGGUAUUGCUGAUCGUAUGCAGAAAGAGAUCACUGCAUUGGCGCCGAGCACAAUGAAGAUCAAGAUAGUUGCUCCACCUGAGCGAAAAUAUUCCGUUUGGAUUGGUGGUUCUAUUUUGGCCUCAUUGUCUACGUUCCAACAGAUGUGGAUUUCCAAACAAGAAUAUGAUGAAUCUGGUCCUGGUAUUGUUCACCGUAAAUGCUUCUAAAACUAUUUACUAAAAGCGCUUAUCCUAUUAAUUAUAUUCUUGUCAUGUCUAUUAUUAUUAUUAUGAGGAUAUUUCUGUGCUGAAUUAUCUAGUCAAUUAAAACAAUUUUCUUCCAUAUUUCACCCAUUUGUCUAACUAGUCCUACACAUGACAUCAACAACAAACCAAGUUCAUUUAUUUAUUAUUACCAAGAAUAUGAAUUAAUAAAUAUACCCAACCUAAUCUUACCUUCCAAUUUUUUCUUCUCUGUUUCUCUCUGAAGAUUUACAUCUUUACUCCAUUUCUUUUCAAGCCUAAAAUAAGAAACAAGAAUAGGUGGUUUUGUUUUUCUCUUUUUUUUCAAAAAAAAAGAAGAUAAUCUUAGCUACUAAUAAUAAAUACAAAUAUUUACUAAAAUUGUAUAAUUAUUUUCUGUAUUGGUCUUACCGUAAGUAAUUCAUGUAGCACUUCACGGUAGUAGUAGUAAUAAUAAUAAUAAUAGUAGAUUGAAUCU